CCUCUUCUUAUACAAAACCAUCAAAAGGAAAGAAUCCAUGGGUAGUAGACAUACUCUUCAAUCCCUUGUGUUGAUACCAUUAUUUGUCUUGGUAACCUGUAAUGCAUUUGAAGAUUUUCUUCAUUGCAUAUCCGCCAGUUCCAAAGAAAACAUUGGAAAAUAUGUUCACAAGCCUAAUUCUCCAGAGUACUCAUCACUCCUGAAAUAUGCCCAAAAGAUUUCAAGAUGGUCAAAUUCAACAUCUGCGUUCCCUCUUUUUAUUGUCACACCAUAUCAUGAGACCCAAAUGAGAGCCAUUAUUCUUUGCAGCAAAAAGCUUGGUUUACAAGUCAGAGUCAAGAGUGGGGGACAUGACUAUGAAGGCCUCUCAUACCGUUGUCGAUCCCCGUUCAUCAUGAUUGAUCUAUGCAAUCUCAAAUCCAUUAAUAUUGAUAUGGUAAGUGAAACUGCCUGGAUUCAGACUGGGGCAACUCUAGGCCAACUUUACUACGCAAUUGCUCAAAAAAGUAAAACCCAUGCAUUUGCUGGUGGGCUAUGUCCUACAGUUGGAUCAGGUGGGCACAUAAGUGGUGGAGGCGUGGGGACUUUGUUAAGAAAGUAUGGUCUUGCUGCUGAUAACGUUGUAGAUGCAAGAGUUAUGGAUGCCAAUGGACAAAUUUUUGACAGGAGAAAAAUGGGUGAAGAUUUGUUUUGGGCUAUAAGGGGAGGUGGAGGAGCAAGUUUUGGGGUAAUCCUUGCAUGGAAACUCAAGCUAUCUCGUGUUCCUGAGCAGGUUACAGCUUUCACAGUUCGUAGAAAGCUCGAUCGUGGCAAUAUAAAAUUGAUCCAAAGAUGGCAAAAUAUUGCCCAUCAAUUUCCUGAAGAUCUUUUCGUGAGAAUGAUCCUUCAAAAUCCAGCACCAGUUGUAAAAGGAGGAGAAAAGAUUGUUCAGAUUUCCUUUCAAGGUUUGUAUCUUGGGACGGCUGAUAAUCUUGUUGCUUUAUCAAGCCGAUACUUGCCGGAAUUUCGGAUAAAGGUUAGAGAUUGCUUUCAAGAUCCCACUGAAAUUAAAAAUUGCAAAAGGAAACCUUGCAUCAAGAAAGAAUGCUAUCAAGUUCCAUGGAUCAAAUCAGCACUUUAUUUUGCGUCAAAAACACCUAAAAGUUCGUUGCAGUAUUUGGUGAGCAAAAGUAGCAUGCCUGCUUAUUACAAAGCAAAAUCUGAUUUUGUUACACGACCAAUACCAGAUAAGGCAUGGGUAUUGAUAAAGAAAAUGUUUCUUGAAGAAGAUAGUCCCAUGAUGAUAGUAGAUCCUUUUGGUGGAAGAAUGAGUCAAAUUUGCAAGUCUGAACUUCCAUUCCCACAUAGGAAUGGGACAUUGUUUAACAUACAAUACUUGGUAAAUUGGAAACAAAAUAACCAAAGUGAGAGCAACAAGCAUAUUAAAUGGAUAAGAAGGCUCCAUAAGAAAAUGGAGCCAUUUGUUUCUCAAUCUCCCAGAACUGCAUAUAUCAAUUACAGGGAUCUUGAUUUAGGAGUCAAUGGAGAGGGGUACAAGUAUGAAGAAGCAAAGACAUGGGGAGAAAUGUACUUCAAAGACAAUUUUGAAAAGUUGGCAAGGAUAAAGAGCAAGGUUGAUCCUAGUAACUUCUUCAGGAAUGAACAAAGUAUUCCACUUUUAUUUUGAGGCUAAAACAGCACAAAUAUGCAUUUGCGUAGUUUGCCAACCAUGUUGUACUUCUUUAUCAAAAUACAACAAAUCUUGCAGGAUAUAUAUCAAAUGCAUGUUGAAUUGAUCAUGACUCUGUAUGGUUGUAUAAGCAUUCAUUAUCUUAAUA